AUGGCUGCAUGCAAGGCCUUGAAUUUAGAUGGUUUAGUCAUUGUUGGAGGUGUAACAUCUAACACAGAUGCUGCUCAACUUGCUGAGACUUUUGCUGAAGCAAAGUGCUCUACAAAGGUGGUUGGAGUCCCUGUUAACUCUCAACUCAUCAGUAAUGUCUGCACAGAUGCUCUUUCUGCUGAAAAGUACUACUAUUUUAUCCGACUCAUGGGUAGGAAGGCAUCUCAUGUUGCUGUGGAGUGCACUCUCCAAUCACAUCCUAACAUGGUUAUUCUUGCUGAAGAAGUUGCUGCUUCAAAGCUUACCAUUUUUGACAUAACAAAACAGAUUUGUGAUGCUGUGCAAGCUAGGGCAGAACAAGGCAAGAAUCAUGGAGUCAUCCUACUUCCAGAAGGACUUAUUGAAAGCAUUCCAGAAGUUUAUGCACUUUUGCAGGAAAUUCAUAGUCUUUUGAGACAAGGAGUUUCUGCUGAUAAAAUAUCAACACAACUCUCACCUUGGGCUUCUGCUUUGUUUGAAUUUUUGCCACCCUUUAUUAGGAAACAGAUUCUCCUCCACCCUGAGUCAGAUGACUCAGCUCAGUUAUCUCAGAUUGAAACAGAAAAGCUUCUUGCAGAACUUGUGGAAGCAGAAAUCAAUAAACGACUGAAAGAAGGUACAUACAAGGGGAAGAAAUUCAAUGCCAUCUGUCACUUUUUUGGGUAUCAAGCUCGAGGUUCUUUACCAUCAAAAUUCGAUUGUGACUACGCCUAUGUGCUCGGACAUAGUUGUUACCAUAUUCUAGCAUCUGGUUUAAACGGUUACAUGGCAACUGUCACUAACCUCAAGAAUCCUUCAAACAAAUGGCGUUGUGGUGCUGCUCCAAUAACAGCUAUGAUGACAGUGAAGCAUUAUGGUCGUGGGUCAGGGUCAGGGGCCAUAACACUUGGCAAACCUGUAGUCCAUCCUGCUACUGUGGACUUGAGAGGCAGAGUAUACGAGUUGCUUAGACAAAAUGCAACAAGAUUCUUGAUGGAUGAUGUGUACAGAAACCCCGGGCCUCUUCAGUUUGAUGGGCCAGGUGCUGAUUCUAAAGCUGUCAGCUUGUGUGUGGAGGAUCUUGAUUACAUGGGUCGUAUUAAGGAAUUAAACGAAUAUCUUGACAAGGUGAGAACGAUAGUGAAACCAGGGUGUUCUCAGGAUGUUUUGAAGGCGGCUUUGAGUGCCAUGUCAUCGGUGACAGACAUUCUAUCUGUCAUGACCUCACAGCGGUUGGAGUAGUGGAAGUAGUACAAGUUGAGGAUCUUUUCAACUCAUUGUGUGUACUCUUCUGUCAGGUUUUCUAUAUUUUCUCAAAAUUUUAGUGAGUAUGAGUUCUCUUUUAAGUUUUAAAGGCAAAACAGUUAGAAUGCAACUACUUGUUUUUUUGUUAUGUUUUUGUGUGGAAUCUUUAUAAUUACAAUUAAUGUUUGACAUUUUUUUUGGUCAAUUUCUUGUGUGGUUAAUAAUUUCGGGUAACAAGAUAUUAAUGGGAGAUCAAAUAAUUGUCACA